GGGCAGAGUCCGAGGGAGCGUUUCUACAGUUUAAAUUUUUGAAAGACGAUUCGGUCUCCAAAAAAGCAAAGAAACAGCGUACGUGUGAAAAACACAAACUGUUAUAUCAACCCCUAACAACAAGUACCAAAUAUCGCGCCUCUCUUUCUUGCUCGCUUGUAAUCCGCGAACGUGAUAAUAUGCACGUUACGAGAAGUAUACCCGUUCGCGAGUCUGCAGCUUUCCCAAUUCACUACGAUAAUCGCAUAUGAUUGAAUAAUAUUCGAGAGUAAGAAAAGGUAAAAUCUAAAUACCGGAACGGUUUGUUGGCCAAUCUGAGGCAAUUCAAGACGACUAAAAGAUGGGUAAAUCUUCGGAAGAAUCUGGUAACGCGCCACCCCAAGAAAACGCAAGCGGCCAGGCGCAGAAGGAUGCAAAUUUAUACGAAAACCGUGCGGAAACGAAGAAAAUAAUUCGCGUGGUCACGGUAGUAGCCUACGUAUUCUCGGUGAGUUUCGCCGCGAUUCUUUUAAGUGUCUACUACGUGUUUCUCUGGGAACCACCGAACCCAAGAAUGAUACAGAGGAGCCGUUUAAUCGGCGAACCGCAAGCGGAAUAUCUGACGGAUAGACUGCAUCAACGGACACCCGGAUCAUCGAGUCAUCCCGAGAAAUCGGCGACCCUGCAGGAUAUCGAGAUUAACCCCGACUAUUCGAAAACGGAUCAAGCGCGGCAGCUCGUCUACUUGUCUAUGAUUCCUGCACCUACUCCGGUUCUCUCGUCACCGGAAACGUCGAAACAAUAUCCCAACUCCGCAAGGCCCCUAAAAUUGGCACCCGGCUCUUUCGACUUGAAUUCAACACCCCCGAGCACUGCAGCAAGUACGACAUUGACGAAGGUGCCGGAUUACCUGCUCAAGUUCGUUGUCGGGUCAACUUCGGCUAGUGCGGGUGAAUCGAGGAAUCUCGAGGCAGCUUCGUCGGCAGCCCCAGCAAUUUUAUCGACGGAAAAGGAUCGCAUCGGUGCUGUCGAGAAGAUCAAAUCACUCCAGCUUUUGCGAAGGAGCCGACAAAAUGGCCAACGAGUCACAACGACUACGUCGUUGUGGAACAACCCCGAAGUUUCGACCGAGGGUAAUAACGACGAUGAUAAACAUCAGCUCGGUAAAAACUCGAACAAUUUUCAUCUGAAAUCAUGGACGAGGUAUAACGAGGGUGGUGUAAGGGAACCAACGUCAGCGUCCAAGUUUCAUCGACUUUCAAGUCCCGGAGUUGACGAGGAUUCUCUUGCAGAAACGACCGCGACUGUCCUCGGCGUGUCUCCGACCUCCGAUAAUCAAGUUGCGAUUGGUGCCGGCGUUACGACAGAGGAAUCGAGGACGCAGACCGCAACACCUGCAGCGGACCUUCAUCUCUACGAUAAUCUGAACUCGUCGAGUAUCACAAGUUUACGGAAUAAUCCAUACGAUUCGGGCUCUCAACCCGAGAAAGAAAAUUCCGAGGCAGAAGAAGGAAGAGGAGAAGUAGAGAAAGGGGCUGUCGAAAAGAAAGAACAAGCUGAUCAACGUUAUCGGGGGUCACCGACCCCCAGUUUUGAAGAGCGUAUCCAUUACGCCGAUGAAAACGCUAGGGAUAUUUUGAAGAAUCGCAAAUGACUUUGAUAAUAUAGUACUAACGGGGGAUGGAAAAAGAAAUUGUUUCAUCGGUGUUAUCCUAUCACGAGCAACGAAUUAAUCACGAGAAUUGUGUACAUCACCCACCCCCUUGCAGUAGGUAUAAUUUGCGAACUUUUCUUCCAUAUACAUAUGUAUACAUACGUAUCGCAAACCUAGUAGACAUAUAGGAAAUCAAUCGCCACCGUUAUUUAAAA